AUGAUGAUGGAUCAGCGACAGCGAGAGAAGCUGCUUCAGAAAACCGAGGCCUGUGGUUUAAUGGCAGGUGUUGGGGCUGAGCUUGGCUUUGUCACCGUGACAGGAGACAACAACAAGAUAACUCAUGGGUCGGGUCGGAUGACUCGGAUCCAUGAUCAUAACAACCACCUUGGCCUUGCUGCUGCUGUUGCCACCUUUGGAAAUGUUCACAGGAAGAAAAGGAUGGCCAGGCAGAGAAGGACCACCACCACCACCACUGCAAUGCAGGUCAACCAUUUCCCUUCCAAGCACACUACACUAGCUCCUGCUCCUUCUACCUCCACGCACGUGCCACUCUCCCCACUUCCAUCUUAUAAUCCUUCCCCAUCUCUCCCAGCCGCACGUGAAAUCGAUCCUAAAAGGUUGAGAUUCCUUUUCCAAAAGGAGCUGAAAAACAGUGACGUUAGCUCCCUUAGGAGAAUGAUAUUACCAAAGAAAGCAGCAGAAGCUUACCUUCCUGCCCUUGAAUCAAAGGAAGGAAUUCUUAUGACCAUGGAUGAUCUAGAUGGUCUUCAUGUAUGGAGUUUCAAGUACAGGUUUUGGCCUAAUAACAACAGUCGGAUGUAUGUACUUGAAAAUACUGGAGACUUUGUUAACACACAUGGCCUACGCCUUGGAGAUUCCAUUUUGGUUUACCAGGAUAGUGAAAACCAUAAUUAUGUUAUUCAGGCCAAGAAGGCUUCUGAUCAGGAUGAAUUUAUGGAAGAAACUAGUAAUACCAUCAAUGAUAUCUUCCUUAAUGAUUAUGAGGUGAACAAACCUGGUUGCUUCAAUGUAACCUAUCCUGCAAUGAACGAUACGGGCAUGUCAUUCAUAUAUGAGACAAACUUCUCAAAUGACUCUCCACUUGAUUUUUUGGGUGGAUCAAUGACCAAUUUUUCAAGGAUUGGGCCAGUUGAAACCUUUGGCUCGGUUGAGAAUUUGUCACUUGACGACUUCUAUUAA